UCAGCUUAGCAUCCCCGGCAUCCUUCAUCUCCUCGAAUAUAAGAGAACGAAGAAAGAAACAGAUCUCAAGCUUCCGAUCAUGGACGCAAGAGGGUCUUUUUACCUCCUCCUGCCUUUCCUAGUCCUCCUCGCAAGAGGAGCCAGCGCGGCCACGCUGAGGUUCACCAACAAGUGCACAUACACCGUCUGGCCCGGGACGCUGACUGGUGGGGGCGGAGGGCAGCUAUCCUCAACCGGUUUCGAGCUUGCCCAGGGCGUGUCCUUCACAAUCGAUAACGUCCCGGACACUUGGUCUGGCCGGGUGUGGGGCCGGACGGGCUGUGCCACCGAUGCCUCCAGCAAAUUCACCUGCACCACUGCUGACUGCGGCUCUGGCCAGGUGACCUGCAAUGGUGCGGGGGCAAUCCCGCCAGCCUCCCUGGCAGAGUUCACCUUUGUGCCGGCAGGCACCGGCCAGGACUUCUGCGACAUCAGUCUCGUGGACGGCUUCAACCUGCCAAUCUCUGCAACCCCAGAGGGCAUCGGCAGUGGGGGCAGCACCACCAGCUGCCCAGCCAACAUAAACUCCGUGUGUCCACCGGAGCUCGCAGUGAAGGGGCCGGAUGGGAACGUCGUGGCGUGUAAGAGCGCGUGCCUGGCGUUCAAUGAGCCCCAGUAUUGCUGCACCGGGGAAUACGGGACGCCAGACAAAUGCCCACCGACGAACUACUCGAAGAUUUUCAAGGACCAGUGCCCUCAAGCUUAUAGCUACGCUUACGACGACAAGAGCAGUACUUUCACUAGUGCCGGCGGGUCUGAUUUCCUCAUCACAUUCUGUCCGUGA